AUGGAGGGCGCAACGAGAGGCAAGGCGGGCGGGACGCCGUCGGAAGCGUCCAUGUACACUGAGCAUCAUGAGGAAGUGGAAGAGUCAUCACCAUUGCCGGGUGAAUCGAUGCAGAAGCCAUGGCGUGUGCGCCUGAAAGCCGAGCUGUCGCGUUUCAUGUUCCACAUGCCCCCUAGCUGGUUUAUCCUCAACAUGGGCACAGGGAUCACAGCGAUCCUCUUGCAUGAGAUGCCAUAUCCUGCGCAUUGGCUGCGUAUAUUGUCGUACAUUGUCUUCUUGUUCGAUGUGAUUGUUUUCGUGCUAAUUAUCAUGGCGACCGUCAUUCGCUACACGCGCUGGCCGAUCCUCAUCCGCCUCCUCCUGCGACACCCGGUGCAGUCUAUGUUUCUCGGUACCUUUUCGAUCGGACUGUCAAAUAUUGUGAAUCUUUGUGUCUUGGUGCUUGCGCCUUUGACCAGGCACGGGUUCACCGUCUUUACAUGGGUGCUGUGGUGGAUCAAUGUCGCCGUGGCGCUCUCCCUGAUCAUUGGCAUGCCCGUGCUCCAGUUUACGAGACAGGAACAGUCUCUGGUCGACGUGUCCGGCGCGCUCAUAAUUCCCGUGAUUUCAUGUGUGGUGGUGGCCGGUGCAGGCGCGAACCUUGCGGCGAUUUUGCACACGGAGCACGCAAAGCUCACCGUGAUCGUGUGCUACAUUUUGUGGGGAGGCGGUUUUAUGAUGUCGUUUAUUUGCACCGUGCUUCUGUACGCGCGUCUCAGCUUUUACAAGGUACCGGACCGCUCGCUGCUGAUAACCAUCUUUAUGCCACUGGGACUGUGCGGUAUGGGUUCCUAUACGCUCCUCCGCCUCUCGUCCGUCAUUUACAAUCUGAGCCACAGCACGGGUCAGGCGCUGGUCGCCGUGUCCGAGAUGAGCGGAGAAAACGCACGGCUUAUGGCCUUGAUCGUUUAUUCAGGGACCAUUCCUGUGGCCCUGUGCAUAUGGGGCCUGGGACUUGUGUGGCUUUGCAUCUCCCUCUCGCUUCUGAUUGAUGUGUGGAUCGUGUCGCGGAUUCCAUUCAGCCUGGGAUGGUGGGGCCUGACCUUUCCCCUCGGCACUUUUAGCGCCGCCGCCGGCCUCUUUGCAAAGGAAUUCAAUUCCGAGGCAUUCCGCGUGGUUGGCACGGCCCUUGCUGUCAUCGAGAUUCUGAUUUGGGUUCUUCUUGUGUCCUUGACGGCCUACCGCGUCGUCAUGGGCCGGAUUGUCGUGGCGCCGAGCUUGACUGAUCGGAUCACGCUCCAUUUCCUGCCCAACUGGUUUGUCAUGACCAUGGGGACAGGCAUCACGGCAGUCUUGUUCCAUGAGAUGCCAUACUCUGCACAGUGGCUGCGCAUCAUCUCGUACAUUGUUUUUGGGCUGAAUGUUGUGUUAUUCUUGCUCUUUACGGUGAUUAGCAUUGUGCGAUACGUUCGCUGGCCGUCGCUGCUAUUCCUUUUGUUGCGCCAUCCUGUGCAGUCCAUGUUCCUGGGCGCAUUUUCCAUGGGCUUUUCGACUUUGAUCAAUAUGUGCGUGCUGGCGAUUGCGCCACACACCAAUUAUCACUUUACCCUCUUUGUAUGGGCGCUGUGGUGGAUCAAUUCGGCAAUGGCCGUGGCCAUGUGCAUCAGCCUCCCAGUGCUCCAGUUCACCCGGCACACCGAGUCGAUCAUGAACGUGUCCGGUGCCAUGUUUAUGCCGGUCGUAACGACGAUUGUGGCGGCGGCGUCCGGAGGCAAAGUGGCUAGUCUCCUUCCUCCAAACCAUGCCAAGCUCACGAUCACUAUUUGCUAUAUUAUGUGGGGCUCUGGGUUUGCCAUGGCAAUAUCGUGCAUGGCCAUGUUCUAUAUGCGCCUUGUGCUGCACAAAGUUCCCCAAGCCGGCGUCUUGAUCACAGUAUUCAUGCCGGUCGGUAUCUGUGGUCAAGGCUCCUAUGCCUUGCUGGUAUUCUCUUCGGUCCUUCGAGAUCUCAGCUUAAAGACCGGACAGACGCUCGUCGGCGCCUCCGAGGUAUCGCCGGACGAGGCGCGACAAAUGGCUUUGGCCAUUUACGCAAUCACCAUUCCUUUCUGCCUCGCAAUGUGGGGCUUUGGCUUAGUUUGGCUCUUCAUUUCGCUGUCGCUGCUUGCCGACAUGUGGCUGGUCUCACCACUCCCAUUCAACCUGGGGUGGUGGGGCAUUACUUUCCCACUCGGCACCUUUUGCACGUCCACCGCGCAGCUCGCCAACGAGUACAACUCGGAAGCAUUUCGCGUCAUUGGAACUGUGCUUUCUGUCGCUGAAAUUCUUAUAUGGUUUGUGCUGACUAUCAUCACAUUCUACCGUGCGCUCCGUGGCGACAUCUUUCUCGCGCCGGGCCUCGAACAGUUCGGCGGCAUUCCCCCAACCAAGGCGCCGAUGCACCGGCAAUAUAAAUACCAGCCCCGGGCACCGAAGCAAUCACAUGUCGAGGAGGGCAACAACACAACCACAACCGACCCGCCUCGACCGCCGUGA